CAAUUUUCAAAUAAAUCAACGCAUUAGUUCUCAAUUCAUUGGGAACCAGGGAUGUUGAGAUUUGUUUUGUAUAAAAUAAUGAUGAGAACUUUAAUAUUUUUGAGUAUUUACCUUCUGAGCUAUGAAGCAAGUGGUUGGGGGAUAUCCAACAGAAAUAAAUUCAAUUCGUUGAGGUUGCCAAAAGAACAUUUGAAGGAUGUACAAGAACAUAGUUUCACACAGAUUUUAGAUCAUUUCAAUCCAACUGAUGAAAGAACUUUCCAACAGCGUUAUUUUGUGAACGACAACUUCGUGAAUGGAACGUCGAUACACACUGUUUUCCUGUUCAUUGGGGGGGAAGGAGCAGAGAGUGGGUAUUUCGCGAGGGAUGGAUUCAUGGCAGAAUACGCAGAAGAAAUAAAGGCCAUUUGUUUCUCGUUGGAACACAGAUAUUAUGGCAUAAGUUGUCCUACCAAGAAUAUCACGACGAAAGAUAUGCAAUUUCUAACCAGUCAACAAGCUUUGGCGGAUUUGGCAUUUUUUGUAGAAGCAAUGAACGUGAAGUACAAUCUUUCGCACGAUGUCAAAUGGAUAGCAAUCGGAGGUUCUUAUGCUGGAAACUUGGCAGCUUGGCUAAGGCUAAAGUAUCCGCACUUGAUCACGGGUGCUAUGUCUGCAAGUGGGCCGUUAUUGGCUAAGCUAGACUUUCCAGAAUACCUAGAAGUGGUCGCAGAUGACUUAAAAAGAGAGAGUGAAUCUUGCUUGGAAGCAGUUCAACAGGCAUUCGAGCAGCUGAAAGUUGUCCUUUUCAAUUCAACCAGUCACGAAGAUUUCGAUGAAUUGUUCCAGUCAUGUGUGCCUGUGAAGGAUAGUGUUGAAAACCCACUCGAUAUGGAAAACUUGUUUUCUAUGAUUUUGGAAUCUUUAGCCUACGUAGCCCAAUACGACAAUAACCAAGCAAUGCUCAAUGCACGGUACGGGAUGACUAUUCGGUCAGUGUGUGAGAUCAUGAAUGAUGAAAAAAUUGGAUCUGAAAUGGCUCGUCUGGCCGCCGUCAACGAGCAAGCCUCAGUGCAAAAUUGUUUCGAUUUUAGAUAUGACACUCUAUUAAAGACAUUUCAAGAAUAUGGCACAUUAAUUGGAGAGAAGCAAUGGAUUUACCAAACUUGUACUGAAUUUGGAUUCUAUUUGACUUCACCAAAGACUUUUGGAGACGAGGUUCAGUUGGAUUUAUAUAUUCAACUAUGCACCGAUUUAUUCGGACCACAAUAUAAUAGAGAUUUCGUACAGAAGGCUGUAGAUAGAACUAAUAAUUUUUAUGGGGGUUUGGACAUCGAUGUGACAAAUGUGGUUUUCGUACAUGGCGUAUCAGAUCCAUGGCAUGUUCUGGGAAUCACGAAAACAAAGAAUAUAGCCUCACCAGCUUUCCUCAUUGAAGGUGUUGCUCACUGUGCAGUCAUGUAUACCAGUUCAGAGAAAGAUCCGCCACAAUUAACGGAAGCCAGAAGACAAAUAAAACAAAUAAUUGGUUCUUGGUUGAAACUUUAAUUGACUCUUUGAAGUCUAAAUGGAUUGUUUAUACAUAGUAGUUAUUUGGUUGUUAUAUUUCUGAAAAUAAAAAGUAUAUGUUAUUUAUUU